AUGUCACUCACUAUGGAAGUGAUAAAGAUAACAAUUAUUAUAGUGACUUGGCUAUGUGGGUCCAUCCUAAACUCAUCUAUUGUAGCUGUGUAUCUCAGAGACUGGAAGAAUGGAAUGAGCCUUGGGGAGUGUGAUCGGACCAUUCUGAGCAUGGGGUGCAACAACCUACUCCUGCAGGGCUGUCUGUCCGUCAGUGAAUUCAUUAAUAUUUUUCAACUGUACAGGUUGUUCUUCAAAGAGUUCACUGUGUUGGGUUGCAUAUUAUUCUUAUUUUUGAGUUAUCUCUCCAUGUGGCUCACUGCCUGCCUCUCCAUUUGCUACUGUGUGAAGCUGGCCAAUAUCUCACAUGGAUUGUUUGUUAGAUUAAAAAGGGGAAUCUCUACUGCAAGUACUCUCUUCCUAUUUGGAUCAGUGGUGGCUUCAUGCUUGAUUAACGUCCCCCUAAUUUGGACAAUGGAUACAGAAUUCCUGGAGAAUACCACAGCUGAUAACGUCAUCUACAAACUGGAUAUUAAAUUCAUGUCUUUCAACAUUGUCUUUGGUUGCUGUGUGCCGAUUCUUGUAACUUCUCUUUGUAUUGGACUCAGUGUGAUGUCCCUCCUAAGACAUGUUCAGAGGAUGAAGAACAACACUUCUCCGUCCUGGAAUCCUCAGUUGAAGAGUCACGAGAGAGCUUGCAGGACAAUGUCCUUGGUUUUGAUUCUCAACUUGACGUUCUCUGUGACAAUCAUUACUUUGGCCAUGGGUCUAAUGAACCACAAGGAUGUCCUCGUUAAUGAUAUAUUAUACUGGUCUGUUGUUUUGACAAAUCCCUCGGCGGCUGCCAUCGUUCUGAUCUUUGGAAACACCAAGCUGAAGACGGCCUUGUCAAAGAUCUGUUGUUGA